AACAACAACAACAACAACAUUAACAACAAACCCUUCACCUGAUACAAACAAAGUACUAUCACACACAAAACAAACAAACACAAGUCGCUGACAUGUUCUUUUCUUCUUCUCACACAAUUUUUAUAUAUAUUUUUCUCAUUGAAUUUCUCCAAUUAGGUAACACUUCAACUUCUGCUGAAUCAGAUUUCACCAUGUGAAACAAAGUACAAACAACAUAAAGAUUGUAUAUUUCUGAAGCAAUGGUUCCAAUUUGCGGUGCUGAAUUUUCCAUUGAUAAUCAUGAAAUUGAGUCAAAUUUUUCUGAGUCAAAAAUUGAGGCUGAGGAAGAAGAAUUUUAUGAAUGUUUUGAGGAAAUUUCUAAAACUGUUUCACAUGAAAGUAAUCAAAUUGAGUCUAAUUGUAGCUAUGUAGAAGAUGAAAAGGUGAGAGAGUUUGGUUCUGAAAAUGUUGAUGAUCAUAGUGGAAAUUUUGACCUAGAAAAAGAAGAGGAAAAAUCAAAGUUGGUGUUCAAAUUUCAAUAUCAAAAUUGGAAUUGUAACUUUAGUGAGGAAUUGAAGGGAAAUUUGAGUGAAAGUAGUGAUUUUGACAAAAGGGGUGAUGUUUCUUCAAGUGUGAACAAGUAUGAGUUUAUCUCAGGAAAGAGUUUUAGUCAAUUCUUGGAUGAACCAAAAGCUUCAAAUUUUGCUGUCAAAGAGUUUUUCAUUCAUCCCAAUGAUAAUGUUCCGUUGGUGAAAAAUCAUGUGGUCGAUGAUUCAGCUGGUUUGUUAUCUGAGAAUUGUGAAGAGGUUGUUGGUGGCGAAGUUGUUGAUAGUUUCUCAGAAAAAUUGCACUUCCACAUAGAGGAGGUUUCGGAGAAGCUCAAGAAUUCGGAACAAGAGGUUGUCAAUGGGAAAAUUGAUGAUAAUUUCUCAGAAAAUUUGCGCGAAGAAGAUGUUUCAGAUAAACUCAAGAAUUUAAGGGAACCUUGUGUGCGUAAUUUUCUUUCUGAUGAUGAUUUCAUUUGUUCGAGCUCGGAUACAGAUUCUAUAAGUUCUUUGGAUGAUGGUUUUUUAUCAGACACAGAUUUUGGAACAACUACAGAUUUCGAUACAUUGGGAAACAAUGAAGAAGAAAAUGUAGAAGAUUUGGACUUUAAGGAUGAGGAGAGCAUAGAAAGUUUGGAUUUUGGUUAUGAGCCGGAUGAUUUUGGCGAAGAAGACGAAGAUAUAAUGAAUGAGCUUGGAAAAUUAGAAGAAGAAAUCAGACAGGAAGAAUCGCUGAAACAAAAUUCGAAGAGUUUAACAGCUUUUGAUCUCGAUGAGUCCAACCGGUUCGACACACUUUGGGAGCAUCAGGAUUUGAUAGAACAGCUGAAGAUGGAAUUGAAGAAGGUUAAAGCUACUGGUUUACCUACUAUCUUUGAGGAUUCUGAGUCGCCACGGAUUAUGGAAGAUUUGAAGCCAUGGAAAAUUGAUGAAAAAUUUCAGCAAGGUAGCAGUACUACAAAUGAGCUUCCAAAAUUCUACAGAAGUUACAGAGAAAGAAUGAGAAAAUUUGAUAUCUUGAAUUAUCAAAAGAUGUAUGCUUUAGGUCUUAUGAAGUCAAAGGACCCACUAAAAUCAUUUUCAAUUCACAAGAAAUCUUCAUCAACAAUCACAUGCAUUCUUCCACGUGGCAUUAAUAGUUUCUUUAGACGUAAUAGGAACAUUGAUGCUGACCCAAUGAAGAAGUUCAUAAGAGAAUUAUAUAGUGACUUGGAAAUGGUUUAUGUGGGACACUUGUGUCUUUCUUGGGAAUUUCUUCAUUGGGAGUAUGAAAAGGCUUUGAAGAUAUGGGAAUCUGACCAAUAUGGAUUGAGAAGGUUCAAUGAAGUAGCUGGAGAAUUUCAACAAUUCCAAGUUCUUCUACAAAGAUUUAUAGAGAAUGAACCUUUUCAAGGUCCAAGGGUUGAAAAUUAUGCUAGGAAUCGUUGUGCCAUGAAGAAACUUCUUCAAGUUCCUGUUAUAAAAGAAGACAAAGGCAAGGAUAAAAAGAAGUAUAGAAAAAGAGAAGUUGACAAUGAUGCCAUCACAAGUGACAUGUUAGUAGAAAUAUUAGAAGAAUCCAUUAGAACAAUUUGGCGUUUCAUAAGAGGUGAUGAAGAUGCAUCAAAUUUGACAAUUAAAUGUCUUAAAGAACAACAUGUGGAGCUACAAGACCCUGCUGAUUCACAACUUCUAGUGGAGAUUCUAACGGAUCUUCAAAAGAAGGAAAAGAGAUUGAGAGAGGUAUUAAGGAGUGGAAGUUGCAUAUUGAAGAAGUUCAAAAAGCAUGAAGAUGAAACAGAUCCAGUUCUUUACUUUUUCUCUCAAGUGGAUUUGAAACUUGUUUGUAGAGUGUUGAAUAUGUCAAGGAUAACAACUGAUCAACUAGCAUGGUGUCGUAGUAAACUAAACAAGAUCAAUUUUGUAAACCGUAGGAUACAUGUAGAACCAUCAUUCUUACUUUUUCCUAAUUAAUUAAUGAUUAGAUUAAUUGCUAGAUUAGUAUAUAUGAUCCUUUGCAUUUAGGUGGUCAUAAUUGAAAUAGUCAAGAUUUUUGGCCUAUGUCUAACUAGUUGCUUGGCCUAAGUUGUACAAUUUCCAUGUGGUGCCAUGCAAAUAUUUUCAGAUAAUAUUGAGAUUUAAAUAUGAUUUUGCUUCUGUCA